CCAACGAGGCAACAGCCUAACUCACAAACCACCAGACGACUGGACCCAAGUACAAAACCCGCCUUCCUCUCAUUCCCCAAUCGCCACAACUCUCGUCGGAGCUCCGAGCCCUAAACAACAGCCUUCGCCGGCCGACUCCCGGGCGGAGGAGGCGGCCGGGGAGAUGGACGACAUCGGCGGCGGCGCACCGGGUGCCUGCCCCAAGAACAAGAAGCCCCGGCACCUGUCCCGCUCGCUGACCUACCACCACCACCCGUACCAGGGGCGCCAGGUGCUGCCGGCGCCGGCGCCCAACCCGCAGCGCCCGCAGUCGGUGGUCCUGUACACGACGUCGCUCCGCGGCGUGCGCCGCACGUUCGCGGACUGCUGCGCGGUGCGCGCCGCGCUGCGGGGCCUCCGCGUCGCCGUGGACGAGCGCGACGUCUCCAUGGACGCGGCGCUCCGGCGCGAGCUGCAGGGGAUCCUCGCGGCACGGGGCCGCGGGUUCUCGCUCCCGCAGCUCCUGGUCGGGGGCGCGCUCGUCGGCGGCGCCGACGAGGUCCGCCGGCUGCACGAGUCCGGCGAGCUCCGCCGCGUCCUCGAAGGCGCCCCCGGGCAGGACCCCGCCUUCGUCUGCGGCGCCUGCGGCGGGUUCCGGUUCGCGCCCUGUCCGGCCUGCGACGGCUCCCGCAAGGUGUUCGUGGAGGAAGAGGGGCGAGCCCGCCGCUGCCUGGAGUGCAACGAAAACGGCUUGGUACGCUGCCCCAAUUGCUGUUCUUGAUAGCUUGUUUAAGUUGAGUGUAUACGAGAACUUAAGGAUUGCUUGAUUAGAGGUAGUGGGAGAGGAAAAGAGCAUUUCUUGUGUUCUUUGGCUGCUGUAUAUUGUGGACGCAGUUGGGAGGAUAGGUAUUGGGUAUGCCAUCAGUGUUUUGAAAGGAUAGCGAAUGGGUUCUUGGCCCUCAAGUUAUCACAUCUGGAGUACCAUCGAUGGUAAGGUGCCAUCUCAUAGUACUUCAUGUACAUGUGUGUGUCUGUGAAUGUGUAUUGAUAGACCUUCAUGUUGGAAAAGAAGGCCCAAAGCAAAGGGUUAGAGAUUUAGAGGUUGUGCUACAUAGUGGCAAGAAAAGGUGGAGCCUUCCUUGAUUCUUUGGGCGUGCUAUUAGCAUUCUGAGAAGGGCAAUAUGGCUUCUGGCCCUAUAGUUUGAGAUUGUAUAAAAUAUGUAUAUUAUACAUUGAUAACCAGAGUGGGUUUGAUGAAUAUGAAUAAGGG